UUUUUUAAACAUAUUUUUUCGCUUGGUGCGGCUCAGGAGCCGUGGAGCCGCGUAGAAAAUAUUGCAUCAAUGAAUCGAAGUGCAGAGUUCCGCUGAACGUCUACAUACAGCGCUGCCUUAUGAACUAAAGGUACGUUCAUGUUGGAGCAAUGAUAAAGGCUGCGUUAUACAACAUACGUAACGUAAACUAUAGAUUUCCAGCUGGCAGUGAAUUUCGAAACGUAGCUAAACCUUAGAUGUAUAGCAAUGUAUAGAGUUUAGCAGUUUAAUAAAGUUAAUUCAAAAUAAACAACAUGUCACGAAUUUUUCACAAACUAUUAAAUACAACGUAUCAUUUUAGAAGCAAUAAAUUUAUGCCAAUUUCCAUAAUAGUAAGAAAUAUGGCCACCGUGAAACGAUUUUAUAGAAAAACGAAUAUACUUUUAAGUGGUGACAAGUUUGAAAUCGUUCUGGAUCAAAGAAAGCUGAAGACACCGAAAGGUAGGAUAUUCGAAGUAAACAGUAAGCCCCUGGCUCUAGCAGUGGCAGCUGAAUGGGAUGCGCAGAAAGAAAUCAUUGACAGAGGAAGUAUGCACUUGACAUCUUUAUGCAAUACUGUGUUAGAUAAUCCAAAUAAUUAUACCAAGAUAGACCUGGUUAAUCAUAUAGUGAACUGUUUAGAAAUGGAUACAAUUUUAUUUUACUCAAGUGAGGUGGAUGAACUGUAUCAGUUACAAGUUGAAAAGUGGGAGCCUAUAGUUUGUUGGUUUUGUAAGCAUUACAAUGUGGAUAUUGCGAGAACUCAGAGUAUAGAGGCACCUACUGUGUCGAUGGAAACUAAAGCUGCAUUAACGAGGCAUUUAUUGUCGCACAAUUUUAGUAGUAUUUAUGGCCUUGUGUAUGCAGUAGAUGGGUUGAAAUCAGUCAUUUUAACUCUCGCUACAACUGCAAGAGUUAUUAACAUCUCAGAAGCGGUAAAUCUUUCACGACUAGAAGAAGAAUAUCAGAUCUCUCACUGGGGCAAUGUUGAAUGGCAUCACGAGUACAGCAAACACGAUUUGCAGGCCCGUUUAUCAGCGGCGAUGUUAUUUGUUUAUUUGAACUCUCAUUCUGCCACUUCACGACCCAAAAAUGACACCCCUGAUGUAAGCUAGUCUUAUAUAAAUUAUUAUUAAAGGGCUAUUAUGUCAAUAGAUAUAAAAUUUGCAAGUA